AUGUCUGUAAAACUCCAAACCAAGAAAUUAGAAAACACUGAAAAGCCUGGAUCCUCAGCCAUUUAUCGCAACGGUGUGAUACCUGAAAUCCUGUAUUCAUUGAAGCCUAAAAAGAUCAAGACCAUGUACGACUUGUUUGCAAGAGGACUUGAACUGUCACCCAACAAGGAAUGUCUAGGUAGACGUCCCUACAACAUUGAGCUAGGUCAAAGAGAUGAAGUUGUCUGGCAAACCUACACGCAAGUUUCUGACCGCAUCCACCAUUUUGGCUCCGGACUAAUGCAAAUCAUUGCAACACACACACACAAUGCCAACAAGAUUGGUAUUUGGUCUGCCAAUCGACCCGAAUGGACGAUCACUGAUCUCGCUUGUGCUACUCAAGGCUUGUACAAUGUUGCACUGUAUGAAACUCUGGGCCCAGACACGGUGCAAUACGUGAUCAAUCAUGCAGAAUUGGAAAUCAUUGUUUGCUCGUCCAACUACUUGGCUCAGCUGCUCAGUAUGAAGCAGCAAUUGCCAACACUCUCUGUCAUCAUUUUGAUGGAUACCGUGAUGAUGGAUCCGUUGGAAAAGCUGCCUGAUGGUGUUCCCAAAGGCGCCAUUAUUCAAGCGUGGGCUGCUGAGAAGGGUGUUACACUACUGGAUUUUGAGCAAGCGGAAGCAAUCGGCAUACAGCAUCCUAGAGAGCACCAUUACCCAUCUCCUGACGAUUUGGCUUGCAUCAUGUACACAAGUGGAACUACUGGUAUGCCAAAGGGUGUCAUGUUGACGCAUGCCAACUUUGUCGCUGCAGUAACAGCUACAGUGACCCUCUUUGAAACAGAUGUGAACGAAGUCGGCAUCUCGUAUCUGCCGUUGGCACAUUGCUUUGGUCGUGUGUAUGAUCUCACUAUACUGGCUAGUGGCGGCAAGCUCGGCUAUCUCUCUGGUGGUAUUGAGAACUUAUUAGACGACUGUCAAGCUGUGUGCCCUACCAUGUUUGUUGCCGUUCCUAGAUUACUGAACCGCAUCUACAGUAAACUGGCUCAAGCAUCCAUUUUUGCAGAAGGAAUCACUGGAUCUUUGUCUCGCAUGGCAGUGGAAUCCAAGCUGAGACAUCUGGCCAACGGCGAUGGCUGCCAUCAUGCCAUUUGGGAUCGACUCUUGUUUAACAAGAUGAAGCGAGUUUUGGGAGGCAAUGUCAGAAUCAUUGGCUCUGGUGCCGCUCCUCUCAGCCCCGAUGUGCUCCAGUUUUUGCGUGUUACCAUGUGCUGUGAUAUUCGAGAAGGCUACGGUGCGACUGAAACAACGGCUGCCUCGUGUCUGCAACGCAUGGGGGAUAACAAGGCUGGUAGUGUGGGUGGGCCUUACACCUGCAAUGAAAUCAAACUCAUAGAUGUACCUGAAAUGGAUUGCUUUACAACCAGCCACCCGCCUCGAGGUGAGAUUUGUAUGCGUGGACCUAAUAUUUUUAAGGGUUAUUACAAGGAUCAAGCAAGAACAGAUGAGGUGCUGGAUGCAGAGGGUUGGUAUCAUUCAGGCGAUAUUGGCAUCAUCGAUCAAGAAGGAAGUGUAGCUGUAGUAGACCGCAAAAAAAACAUCUUCAAGUUGGCACAGGGCGAAUAUAUUGCGCCAGAAAAGAUUGAAAAUGUCUAUAUCAAGAAUCCACUGAUUGCUCAGAUCUUUAUCGAUGGCAAUCCACUGCAAAGCGCUCUGAUCACUAUCGUAGUACCUAACCCCAUUGAAUUAAAGAACAUUGCCAAGAACAUUGUCCCUGAAUCUGAAUUAGAAGAUGCUAAACGCCUUUAUCAGAACGAAGACGUCAAGAAAGCUGUGCUGGAUCAAAUGAAUAGAGAUGGUAGAGCAGCAGGACUGCAUGGCUACGAAGUGCCCAAAGCCAUCUAUCUGGAAUACAAUCCGUUCACUGUGGAAAAGGACCUUUUGACACCUACACUCAAAGUUAAGCGACACCAAACCAAACAGUACUAUGCAGAUCAGAUUGUCGCCAUGUAUGCUACCUUAAGCUAA